GCAGAUUUUUGAAUGACCCUGAAGGGGAAAUGUAUAAACUGUAUCAAAAAAGGGUUUCUGACUUGGUAGAAGCUAAGAAACGAGCAGAAGCUGAUGGCCAUAUGAUGACUUUUGGUAAAAAAGAUCAAGAGGCCAGAACAAAUGCUCAGCCCUCGGGCAAGAAGAGGAAGAAAAGUAGAUGGGAACCUGCAGAUUCACAGAAUGAUGUUAAUACGAUGCCCCGUUAUGUACAGCAAGAUCAAGGUCUCGUUUCCUAUGCAAUCCAAGUGUUUGGAAGUACUGAUUUAACCCCAGAACAAUGGAAGCAGUUGGAAGAUCAACGAAAAAUGCGUUUGCUAUAUGAAAUGAUGCAAGUUAAGCAAAAAGAAGCACAGAUAAGAAAAUUAACAGGUAAAGUAAAGUAUGAAUAUGAUUCAGAUGAAGAUACAGAAGGCGGUACAUGGGAACACAAAAAACGAGCUUCCGAAAUGGAGAAAACAAAAGUAUGGGCUGAAGAACUGACAGAGCAGGCAAAGGGUAAACAUCACAUAGGAGACUUCUUGCCUCCAGAAGAGUUAGAAAAUUUCUUAGAAAAAUGGGAAGCUGUGAAGCAGGGUCGUCCACCUGAUCUCUCUGAUUACAAAGAGCACAAAAUAACCUCAGACAAUAUUGGUUACCAGAUGCUGCAAAAAUUAGGAUGGUCAGAAGGACAGGGUCUCGGUGCAAAUGGAGGAGGAAUUGUUGAUCCUGUGAACAAAGGUGCAGCACCUGUUGAAAAUGCUGGUUUGGGCCAGAGUAGGCCAGAUGAUAUUAAGUCUGAUGACGACGAAUAUGAAGCUUAUCGUAAACGAAUGAUGUUGGCAUACAGGUUUAGGCCAAAUCCUUUGAAUAAUCUUACAGUGAGAGAGCUGAUAUCG